AUGCAGCCCAACUUUCGCAAGUUCUACUACAAGUCUCUGGGCGUCCAGACCAUUCAAGCCAAGCUCUCGGUGGAAAACGUGUUCGGCGACAAGGUCCUGGAUACCGAGAAUCUAAGGAAGCUUUGUCUGUGGGUUCGCAUCCCGCAUUCGGAUCGGGUUUCUGUGUGGAAGGUAUUGCUCGGUGUCCUGCCGCUCGCCAAGGAAGCUUGGAGCGACGUCAACGAGCAACGACAGUCCCAGUUUGAGGCCCUAUGGACCGCCGAGCGACUCUUGUUUUCAUCAACAUCUGAAUCGCUCCGACAGCCGGUGCUCGAUCCAGAUGCGCAAGCGACCAACCUCGAUGCGGCCGCACACAAGAUCCAUCGCAUGCUGCGGCUCUACAUGGCAGCGCAUAGCCGGUCGCUGAGUCCGUGGAUGCAGAUUCCGGCGCUCUCGGACCAGUUUGUGCAUGUUGCCAGAGCCUUGCUCGAGAUUUGCGAUCUGAGUUGCAUGGAUGCGUUUUGGCUGCUCAAGGGCUUCUGGAAGGGCCUGGAAGGCGAGACCACAAAGGAGUCGAUCGACAAUCAUGUCGCCGUGCUGAACUCGCUGCUCAAGACACAUUGCGAGCCGCUCCAUCUCCAUCUCGAGAUCAUGGGCGGUGACUUUGCCGAUAUUUAUGAAUGUUGGUUCGGCACCUUGUUUGCAUGCAUCAUUCCAUCGCAGCCUCUGGAGAGUAUCUGGGAUAUUGUGGUCGGCGGGGCAUCCGCUGUGUUUCCGUACAUUGCCCUCGAGCUCCUUCUCUCGGUCAAGACUCGACUGCUCUCUUGCCGAGACGCAGCCGAAAUGGUCGCUAUUGUCAAAGAUAUCGAGAAUGUCGCCGAUAUGGACAGCGUCGUCAAUACGGCCAUCGGCCACUGGGAGAAGCCCAUUCUCGCCACAAUGUCCAAAGACAACCGUCGAAUUAUAGGGUAUUGA